AAUAAAUUGAAGUCAAUAUGAAAGGGAAGCCCGACUUUCCCGAAAAGGUGUCGCUCUGCGCACGGCUUUACAGGGGAUUAAUACGGGAGACAUUGUUUCCCCUAUUGAUUAUGAUUCUGACACCCAAUUUGAUACUAUUGUUGGCCCACAUUAUAGUCGUUAAGAAUAGUAACUUAACUCGUGUUUUGUUUGUCGACUCAAUUGAAGCAACUCUUACCGACGCCUGGAAAGCAGUCAAAUGGGAUGACUUGGAGUGUUGGUCAAUAGUGAGCGGUCUUAUACUAUGGGGAAUCAUAUCAUUGCACUUUCCAGGCCGUAAAUAUCACGGCCCGCCCACACCUAAUGGAUUCAGACCUGAGUACUGGAACUCUGGCUUUAAAUACUAUGUGAUAUCAAUGCUGAUCGCGUGUCCACUCAUUUGGAAGUAUUCAAUACUGCAUUUGUAUUACAAAAUCCCAAAUCUCAUCGCUAUUCUCAUUGUGUUUGGCUUUGGAUUCUGUGUUGUGCUGUACAUCAAAGGUCUUGUAUUCCCUGAUCCGGGCAUUUGUGACAUAACGAAGAAUAUAGUGUUUGACUACUACUGGGGGGUUGAGCUGUACCCGCAUUUGGGGCCAUUCGUCAGCCUUAAGAUCUUAAUCAACAGCCGAUUCGGUCUAUUUCUGUGGCAAUUGAUAGCACUGACCGCCUGGAAGGCCAACUACGAGCUCUAUAUCGCCAGCUAUAAUCGGGGACACAUUAAUUGGCCGCUCACUACCACUACACUAUUGGUCAGCAUAUAUUUGGCCAAAUUUUACUACUCGGAGGACUCGUAUUUACACUCAAUGGAUGCCUCGCACGACCGGUUCGGUUACUACUUGGCCUGGGGUUGCAUUGCAUUUGUUCCCGGAUUCUACUCAUUAAACUCGUUAUAUUUGGUAAAACACUCGCCAAUGGAUCACUUCGGGCUCGUGUCGGCCCUAAUAGUGCUAACUCUGGGAUCGCUUUUCGCUUAUCUCACGUAUUGUGUCGAUCGCCAGAAGCUGUUAACCCGACAGACCAAUGGAAAGUGCGAUAUAUGGGGCAAACCGGUCAAAGUUAUCCGGGCAACUUAUACUGACAAUUACGGUAUCACUAAACGCACAGUUAUUCUGAUGUCGGGCUUUUGGGCCGUCGCCCGGCAUAUGAACUACACGUUUGAGUUGUUGUUUGCGGCGGUCAUGUGUUGUCCGGCACUCAUCUCGAGUCCGAUUCCCUACUUUCGGUUCGCAUUCGUGUCCGUCCUUAUCAUUCACCGCACAUCUCGAGACCAACACAAGUGUUGGCUAAAGUAUGGCACCCAAUGGGACGAGUACUGCAAACUCGUGCCCUACAAAAUGGUACCAGGGCUAUUCUGAUGUGAAC